GGGAAUCACAUCCAUGUAUGAGAUCGAAGUUUGGAUAUACAAACCCUGUCUGACGGCAGUUUUUGAAGUAGUAUUUGAUUUAUUGAUUCGUGUAUGUGGACCUGGAUUUCCCCUUUUUUCUCGCUCUGUAACCAGUAACUUGCAUGCACUAGCUGUUUUUUUUCCUGGCAUCCAAGCACAUCACUCCUACCAUACUUGAUUUCUCUUCCCAGAACUGUUGAGCUCCAGAUUUUUUUGUUUCCCCUCAUCCACCGCCUCCUGAUCCAUGCUGCCCGCUGCUACGUCUACUUUGGUGAUUUCAAAUCUAAUCCCCAAAUCUGAUACCAGUAACGACUUUUUGUGUUUUACAUUGACGAGAAGAUGAUCACAGUGCUGGCGCUUCUGAUCCUGAAGGCAGGAACUGUGAGCGCUAUGGGGACAGUGACCUUUGAAAACCCAGAUAUUUGUGCUUUAAAGGGAACAUCGGUGGAGUUCAGGUGCUCGUACAGCUACCCAGAUGAUGAAACAGUUCAAAAGGCUGCAUGGUUCAAAGGGCAAUCCCAAUAUGGCAUUUGGAAACGUGUCAAGCUCUCAGAACUUCCUUCAUAUGAAAAUCGGACUGAAUAUGUUGGGGACAAACAGCACGACUGCAGCCUGGCAAUUCAUGAUCUGCAGGAUGGCGACACUGGACAUUACUACUUCAGAUUUGAUACAGAGAAUUUUGGAUGGCGGAGUAAAACAUCAGUACACCUGACUGUCACAGAGCCGAAUGCCACAGUGUACGCAGACACAGUGAGGGCAAGAGACAAAGUGACUCUUGAAUGUAGAACAUCCUGCCAACUUUCCAACAUAGUUUGGUUUAAAGAUGGACGUCCAGUAGCCCAACCAGAGUUUGAGGCUAAAGCAGAGGAUUCUGGGAAGUAUGUGUGUGCUUUCGAAGGACAUGAGUCUGCGCUAUCUGACCCCGUGUUUCUGGAUGUUCAGUAUCCCCCAAUGAAUGUGUCUAUUGAGGUCACCUAUCUUGACGAGCCAACAGUAGGCAGGAGUGUGAUUAUGACCUGCCAAAACACUGCUAACCCUGCAGCAGACAACUACACCUGGUACAGGGCUUCUGCUUCCAGUCUCAGCUCCAUGUCUCAAGUGGACUCAGGACAGAUGGUGUUAAAUCGCUCUGUGAAUGCCGCCGACACUGAACUCUACAUCUGCCAGGCCAGGAACAAACUGGGGGAAAGCAACUCGACUGAGGUGCUUCUGAUACCACUGUCAGAGGAGGGGACAGUGGACAAUACAGACAGAGCGCAGGGAAGUAAGACAAGCAGACAGAUCACUGAUACACCUACAAACUCUUCAAGGAUUGCAUUAAUAUAUGAUCAAUCCCUCAUCCAACAAGGAAUUAUAGUUCUAAUGUUGCAUGCCAGCCUGAUACGAAAGAUUUUAGGAUUUUCUUUUAAUUCUUCUUCUUCUUCACUCGAGUGGGAUUUAAGCCCCUGAAACGUGAGCAGAUUGGUUUGAUUUCUUCUAAAAGCAUGGGGAGAAGGCAAUAAGCAACUUAAAAAGACAAAAAAAUGAGUUAUGAAUUAGUAUAAAGGUACAUGAAAAAUCACCCGAAAAUAAGAAAAAAAACACAACAAGAAAAUGACUGAAAAAAAGUGCUUACAAUAGAAAAAAAGUGUCCCCCCAACACUAUUCUAUAAUAAUCCCCUCCUCUUUUCUCAAACUAAUUUUCAGGUCAUUUUCAGGUUGUUGCCUUUUCCCAGAGAAAAAAUCAAACCAAUUUG